GGAAGCACAAGUAGGCGAGAAUGAGAGCAAAAAUGAGGGGGCCGAGCUCCCGACCCCUCAUGGUUCUCUAUUGCCAAGCAACCGAGGACCUCUGCUGAGCGACGUCACACCAUUGCUCCAACAAAGGCGUGAUAGGGGGCAACAACCCAGACCGAGCAAAGAUAAAAGCAAGUAA